CACAGAGCGUGGUGGCGUCAUGACGAACGCGUUAGCGCUGCGCUCCGCAAAUCCACGCACACGGGACUCGGCCUUGAUCCUCUCGCCGAAUAACACUUUUGAGCGUCACAGGUCCACUCUGUCUAAGCUGGAGUGACUGACAUGAAUGAUACUCUGGAAUUCAAUGAAAUUUAUCAGGAGGUCAAGGGCACCUGGAACGAUGGGCGUCUUCGCUUCAGUAAGCAGGCAGUGGUGUAUAAAAACAGUAAGACUGGGAAGGUGGACAGCAUUGCGGUGUCUGAGCUCACUCAAGCCCAGUGGAGGAGAGUCUGUCUGGGUCACGGCAUCAAGCUGUGCACCAGCACUGGAAACAUCUACAAAUAUGAUGGCUUCAAAGACACUGACCUUGAGAAGAUCUCAGAGUACUUCAAAGCCAACUACAAAGUGGAGCUGGUUGAGAAAGAUAUGUGUGUGAAGGGCUGGAAUUGGGGCACUGCUAAAUUUAAUGGGCCGUUGCUUUCUUUUGAGGUGAAUGAGAGUCCUGCGUUUGAGAUUCCGCUCGCCAGUGUGUCCCAGUGUGCAACGGGAAAGAAUGAGGUCACUGUGGAGUUUCAUCAGAAUGAUGACACAGAGGUAUCCCUCAUGGAGGUGCGCUUCUAUGUCCCACCCACCACAGGAGACGAGGGCUCAGACCCUGUGGAGGCAUUUGCUCAGAACAUUCUGUCAAAGGCAGAUGUCAUUCAGGCUACAGGAGAUGCUGUGUGUAUCUUCAGAGAGCUGCAGUGCCUCACACCUAGGGGCAGGUACGAUAUUCGCAUUUAUCCGACAUUCCUCCAUCUGCAUGGUAAGACAUUUGACUACAAGAUCCCAUACACCACAGUGCUCCGCCUUUUCCUGUUGCCUCAUAAGGACCAGCGGCAGAUGUUCUUUGUGAUCAGUCUGGACCCGCCUAUUAAACAAGGUCAAACCCGCUAUCAUUUUCUCAUUCUUCUGUUUUCCAAGGAAGAGGAUAUCAGCCUUACUCUCAACAUGAACGAGGAUGAGGUGGAGAGACGUUUUGAGGGGAAACUUCAUAAAAACAUGUCUGGCUCUCUCUAUGAGAUGGUCAGCAGAGUCAUGAAAGCCCUGGUCAACAGAAAGAUCACAGUGCCUGGAAAUUUCCAAGGUCACUCAGGUGCUCAGUGUAUAACAUGUUCAUAUAAGGCCAGUUCAGGGCUGUUGUAUCCUCUGGAAAGAGGUUUCAUCUACGUGCACAAGCCCCCAGUGCACCUGCGCUUUGAGGAGAUCUCCUGCGUGAACUUUGCUCGUGGAACCACCACCACCCGCUCCUUUGAUUUCGAGAUCGAGACCAAGCAGGGAAAUCAAUACACCUUUAGCAGCAUCGAGAGGGAGGAAUAUGGGAAACUCUUCGACUUCGUCAAUGCUAAGAAGUUAAGCAUCAAGAACAGAGGCUUCAAAGAGGGCAUGAAAGGUAAUGAUAACAUGUACAGUGACUCAGACGACGACCAGCAUGAUGCAUACCUGGAGCGCAUGAAAGAAGAGGGCAAGAUCCGUGAGGAGGCCAAUGACAGUGACGACUCAGAGGGCGAGAGUGAUGAGUCUUUUAAUCCUGGAGAAGAAGAUGAUGAAAUUGCAGAGGAGUAUGACAGCAAGGCCUCUGCCAGUGAAAGCAGCGCUGAUGACGGGGACAGUGAUGGCGAUCGGAAGAAGAAACCAGCCAAGAAAGCUAAAUUUGUAAAAGAAAGAAAACCACGAAAGAAAGAGAAAAAGGUAAAGGACAGCAGCGCCCCCAAGAGGCCAAUGAGUGCCUACAUGCUCUGGCUGAACGCUAGCAGAGACCGUAUUAAAUCAGAGAACCCGGGCAUCUCUAUUACAGAAAUCUCCAAAAAGGCUGGAGAAAUGUGGAAACAACUUAGCAAAGAGAAGAAAGAGGAGUGGGAUGCAAAAGCAGAGGUAGCAAAGAAAGAGUACGAUCGAGCGAUGAGAGAGUACAAGGAGAGUGGAGGAGGCUCCUCGGGCAGCUCAAAAAAGGAGAGGAAGAAGAAAGGAGGGAAGAAUGAAGAAAAGAGGAAAAGGAAGUCAGGGGGUGGUAGGGAAAAAGAGAAGGAGCGAGCUACAGGCAACGACAGCUUUAAGAGUCGAGAGUUCAUAUCCAGUGAGGAGAGCUCAUCAGAGUCAGACAAAGGCAAGGGACGGAAACGCAAGGGGUCUGAUGAUGAAGAGGAAGUGGUCAGCACACCACCUAGCUCUGAAGAGUCCGGCUCAGACUAAAAGACACUAAUGACAGACACAUUAAAAGGGGAGUGGAAGAAAACACCAUUAUAGUGUACAUGAUGAAAUCCUGAUACAGUACAUAUUACAGUGUAACAUCUUUAAGUUUUGCUUCCUUCAUAAACACUUUUGUAUAUACCUUUGGUAGUGUUGACGUUAAUGGAAUAGUUCAUCCAGAAAUGAAAAUUCUGUCAUUAUUUACUUACCAUCGUGUUGUUCCAAACCCAUAGGAAUUUUUCUUCUAUGGAAUGCAAAAGGACAGAUUUUGACAAACGUACUGGUGAGUCUGUUUUCCAUGCAGUUACAAUGAAGGAGGACUAUAGCUUUAUAAGGCACCAUAAAGGUAUCAUAAAAUCAGUCCAUACGACUAGUGCGCUAUAUUCCGCACCUUAGCUCUCCUUGGCACAUUCACCAAAGAAGUAGAAAUGUCUGUUUCAUCGACACAUCAUUCUUUUGAGCUAUCUUUUCAGUGACUCGGCUAAUCCAAUUCACAAAAUAGGUUUGAAUGUUUCAUUUUUGAAUCAGCCAAUUUUUAGGUACUAAUGGUUGCUUUUUCAUUCAUUUCUGUAGGUUUUAUGCUUCAUUCCCUAUUAAUUUCAAUUGCGUAGAAAAGAGUUUUGGAACAAAACAUGGGUGAUCUAUUUCUUUAAAAUAGUGCGUGUUUUAUGUUGUCCAGUCCUUGUUCAGAUACCUGCUUGUACAGAGAUAUUUUACAGUGCUGCUUUCCAAACACAACAGAAACCGUAUCUUUGACUCAGCUAUUGAGCUUCUCUAUAUGUAUUCGCAUUUGAAUAACAAGUUAUGAAAAAAAUUACUUAAGUGUUCAAAUUCUUUUUUACAUUUGUAUUCAUCAUGUAUUCAUAAAUUUUGAGUUUGAUCUGAGCUCACCAUUUAUUUUAUACAGUAUUUUGUUCACACACAUUACUAAUUGUACACGUUUGUUGUAAUUGUAAUUGUUGUAACAUUGUUGUAACACUACAUUUGAAAAUGUCAUUGUUUCUAAGAAAUUAUUCAACAAAUUAAAAUUAAUCAUUAUGAAUCAAGUGGAUGAAAACAGCAACUCAAUAUUUCACAACCCUAACUUGUUCGCAUGCUCAUCAGUUCUCUGGAAUGUAAGCGGAAAUGUAGUGUGGUUUUCAAGUUAAUGUGCUUGCAUCAACAGUAAAAGGAUUUACGCAUAGUAAAAAGCCAACAAACCCAACAACUGAGAGUCUGUUUUAGCUAAUGGAUGUGGAAAGUUCUGGAAAGAGUGACGUCCUUUAAUUUUCAGCUGUUAAGCAUAAGAAUUACAAUGGGAAUGUCAACACAAACACAACGUUAUAAUGUUCACACGUUCUUGUUAUGGAGAAAAAAGAAAGCAACAGACUGAUUAAUGGUCAGUCCCAUUAGGCCACUAAAAAGGGCGGCAUUUCAUCCUUACUUACGAAGCUCCGCUCGACGUGGCCCGAGCCCCCAUUAAACCAU